AUCAUUAAAAGCUCAUUGUUCCACCCAGCUUCUUUGGAGCCAAAGGCAUAAAGCAGAAGUGUGUUUUGAAAAAAAUAUUAGUGUGCGAUAGUACCAAGAAGAGGCUCCUCUUGAGCAGCAAAAAAAAAAAGGAUAUUUCCUAAAGUGAAUUAAAUAUAUUUCUAAAAUGAAAAUCGAAAUAACUUUAUUAAUAGCUGUUGCAGUAACAAUGGUUGUUGGAGCUCCACAACGAGCCGAUGAACCUAUUGCUAUUGUUAGCCAAGAAUCAAAUAUUGAACCUGAUGGCUCAUAUCAAUAUAAAUAUGAAACAGCGAAUGGAAUCAAAGGAGAAGAAACUGGUACAUUGAAAAAAGCUACUUCUGCUGACACCAGUGACGUUAUUAUCGCUCAAGGAUCAUCGUCAUACACAUCUCCUGAAGGAAAUCUCAUCUCCUUAACUUAUACCGCCGAUGAUGUGAAUGGUUUCGUACCAUCUGGUGAUCAUUUGCCCACACCACCACCAAUUCCACCAGCAAUCCAAAAGGCUCUUGACUACUUGCUCAGUCUUCCACCUUCAAAGAACUAAGAACUUGACUAAAUCAUUUUUGACAAAGUUGCUAAAUACAGCUGCCUAAAUAUUUUUUGUUAAAUAAAUCGAACUCCCAACAUGCUUAUAGACACGAUCAAUCACACACACAUAAAUAUACAUCUGCAAACGGAACAACACACAUGAAUAUACAUAAAAAGACAACAUUGUUAUACAAUUUUAUAUAAACAUAGUUUAAAAAAAAUACAAAAAAAAAAUAAACUUACACAAUUUUUCAUAUACUGA